UGGGCAAGUAUACAAUUGCCUAUCUCAUGCAGACAGAACACUUGAACUCACUCUUACACGCUGUAUUGCACAUUCAGCUUGCACCUGCUGACUUUCGUUUACCUUAGCUCUAAUCCUAAUGGUGCCGCUCGCACCUUGAUCAUCCCUCAUUUCAGUCAUUUCUGCCUCUCUUUUCUUUCUUUUUGCCAGCAUCUCAAUGGGGGCACAAAGAGUAGCUGAGUGGCGGAAGCUGCCCCUGAGUCUCUCUGAGCUGUGCGUCGACACAACCCUUCGCUGUGGGCAAUCAUUUCGAUGGCGGAAGAUCAACGAUGAAUGGCAUUGUGUGCUGAAAGGCCGUAUCGUCUCACUCAAGCAGGAUCCUUCCCAUCUGCAUUAUAAAGUAACAUGGCCCAAGGCAGCUCUUUCACUUCCAACCCAGUCAGAAUCGCUCUCCGAAGAUGAUGGUGAAGAUGAUACCGGAUCCCUUCUGCAUAGCUAUUUCGCCUUGUCGCAUUCAUUGUCAUCACUCUACAAGCAAUGGGCUGCGUCAGACCCCAAUUUCGCCCGUCGUGCCCCGGCCUUCACGGGCAUCAGGAUCCUGAACCAGGACGCAUGGGAGACAUUGGUUUCAUUCAUAUGCAGCAGCAACAACAACAUAUCUCGCAUCAGCCAGAUGGUUCAAAAGCUGUGCAACCACUACGGCCCAUAUAUUGGUACCAUUGCGGGCAUCCCGUUCCACGAUUUUCCACCGCCAGAGGCUUUGGCAGGGAAACACGUUGAAGCACACCUCCGAGAACUGGGGUUUGGCUACCGAGCCAAAUACAUCGCUGAGACGGCCGAAAUCGUGGCGUAUUUCCAUAGCCCAGGUUGGCUUCUCCGGUUGCGAAACCCCAAAUGUCCGGCAUUCGGUGCGACACCCCAGGCCGGCGUUGAACGAGAUGACGACGCCACCAAAGCUAGUGCGGAACCGGCAAGCUACCGGGCUGCCCAUGAGGCUCUUCUGACCCUUCCCGGUGUGGGCCCCAAGGUUGCGGACUGUGUUUGCUUGAUGGGGCUCGGCUGGUGGGAAGCUGUACCUGUCGAUACCCACGUUUGGCAAAUCGCACAGCGCGAUUAUCAUUUCAAGAAUGCCAGCAAGACCAAGACCUUUACAAAGACCAUGUACGACGCCGUCGGCGACCAUUUCCGCAAGAUAUGGGGCCCGCUGGCUGGCUGGGCACAGAGUGUGCUCUUCACGGCGAACCUGAAGUCCUUUGCCGAGCAAGCUUCCUCCAAG